AUGCAAGAACCAAUGACCUACGAAAUUAAACCCACGAAGCUCAUCCCCAACAGCCCGAAACCGCUCCUUCUAUACAAAAACUUUUGCAUGCAAGAUGGGAAGGUCGAUCUGGGACUUGCCUAUGACACAUUUAUCAAGAACGGGUGGGACGUACAAUGGGUUACACGAUACGGGCGACACCAACGAUCCCACUACCACCCAGAAACGCACGAAACGAUGGUUGUUACCACGGGGCCGGGAAUCAUUCGAUGGGGAGUCGCAGACCUAGACGAUGACACAGAGAAAAAUAUCUACGGCGACGCGUUCGAGGAAGGCGGACUGCAGAUGACGGCCGAGGUAGGCGAUGUUUUUGUCAUCCCAGCCGGUGUUGCACAUAAGAGCUUUGAUCAGGAUGCGGAGGAUGAAAAGUCUGGGUGUUUGACUGGAGUCGCGAGAGGUAUUGAGUCGGAUGAUCCGCGUGGGUUGGUGGUGAGCUUGCAGUUAGAGGGGUUUACGAUGAUGGGGGCGUAUCCGAAAGGAUUCAGUUGGAAUUGGGGUGAGGGCGGAGAUUCUCCGAAUUUUGAGGAUGUUUGGAAGGUUUCGAAUGCGGAAUUGGAUCCCGUUGUUGGUAGUGAUGGGGGUAUCAAGAAGUAUUGGGUUUGA